GGUGUUUGGAGACAUUUGGAGUACAUGUCCCAUUAAAAUAUAUGAAUAUUUUUCCAAGCGAAACCCGAGAGAAUGGAAUAUCAUUGAUUUUCUUAACGAAUGUAAUCCGGAUACAUAUCAACAAAUAAUAGAGCGCUAUCUUUCGUCUCUUGAAGAAAUCAUUAAAUCAAAGGAAGGAGUCGAAAGAGAAAAAGCACAAAAAUUAUUUGAUAAGUAUAAAAAGUCUUCGAGUCGAGUCAGACACAGACAAUCUCCGAGUUUGUCUGAUGGUUCUCGACUAGAUCGUACUCUCGCCCGAAACUGGUGGGAUGAACGUACUAGAUCAUUCGAAGUCGACCAACUAUCAAUUCACUUGCACUUCACGGGGAUUGGGACUGUCAAUGGCAAUACUGGGAAUGUCAAUGUUGGAAUUAUAGACACUAUAUCUUCUGUAUCGAAGAAAAGAAAAUUUUUGGAAAUUGAUGAGUCGAAUACUACCAAUACUAAAGAUAUUAAUAAAGUUGAUGUCGACAAUAUAAUUAAUGACGAACAAGUAAAAGGACACAAUCUUGAGGAAAGUUGGGA